AUGCUUCAGCACUAUGGAGUUACCCCAUAUAUCGUGUUUGAUGGGGGGAUGCUGCCUAGCAAAGAAGCCACGGAAGCGUCUAGGGCAGCCAGACGAGAAGAGAGCAAGAAAUUAGGUGAAGAACACAUGCGAAGAGGCAGGACUACUGAGGCAUAUCAAGAAUUUCAAAAGGCUGUUGACGUGACACCCUACAUGGCCCGCGUCUUGAUUGAAGAACUGAAGAAGCACAAGAUCAAAUAUCUUGUGGCGCCGUAUGAAGCAGAUCCCCAAUUGGUAUACCUGGAGAAGCAGGGAAUCAUCAAUGGAAUCAUCUCAGAGGACUCUGAUAUGCUUGUCUUCGGUGCCAAGCGGCUUCUGUCUAAACUCGACAAGAAUGGUGACUGUAUAGAGAUCAACAGGGGAGACUUUACUGCUUGCCGAGAUAUAAGCAUGAUAGGCUGGACUGAUGAGAACUUUCGUCAUAUGUGCAUUCUUAGCGGCUGUGACUAUCUCACUAACAUCCCUAAAAUGGGGCUGAAGACUGCAUACCGGAGUAUCAGGAAGCACAAGACAGUGGAUCGAGUUGUCAGGAUGGUCCAAUUCGAGGGAUCGAAUCGUGUGCCUCCGGGAUAUCUCGAUAACUUCAAACGAGCAGAACUUACUUUCCUGCAUCAACGAGUGUUCUGCCCAAUUGCAAAAGCUUUGGUUAUGCUCAACCCACUGCCAGACGGUGGGAAUGGAGAGGAUAUGCCGUACAUCGGUACUCUUCUAGAGCCCCAUGUAGCCAUUGGGAUUGCAUGUGGUGAUCUUGAUCCAAUUACCAAGGAACCUAGUGAGAUUAAGCGGUCGUACCCAGAGCGAGAGAGACUGGUCCGAACUGGACGACAAUCCAUCACCUCGUCGGAUGAGAAGAAACCCGUCCGAGAGAUACAGGAGUUCUUUACACCAAAGCGCAUUCCGCUUUCUGAGCUGGAUCCAAACUCAAUGACCCCUUCAUCCGGACCAAAUCGGCCUGUGAUGAGUCGAAAUGGUGGCCGAUACUCCCUAGCUGCAAACCGAGUAUCGACUCCUCCCAGCGUCACCAGAAGUGCGGCCUCGAUACCAAACACUCCAACUGAUCGGGCCCGGCGCACAGAAGCGUUUCUUAGAUCUGCCUCCGAACUGCCGCCGCCUCAAGUUCAGAAGAGACAGCGUCUCUGUUCGGAUGCUAGUGAAGAGAAUAUCACGGGAGCUAUGACUGAAGUGAGUCCCUUCUUUGUCGGCUCCAAACAAUCACCUUUGUCUCGCAAGGACACAACGAGCAAAAAGCGGAAGAGUAGCAAGCUCCACGUUUUUUCGGAUCAGGAGGCUGCGCUAUCUUCCAGUCAAGGCAUAGCCAAUGAUAAUGCUACCACCCCCAACCUCCUACAGGCUUCAUCAUCGAGCCGGCCUCUUCCUCCGUCUUUCCACGCCGAGUCUAACCCCAUCACCAAUUCGCAAGACAGUUCUACCAAAUUAUCUAAGAGAGACUCACCUGUGGCAUCUGCUUCAGCCAAUAGCCAGGCUGUAGACGCUGAUUCCGACCCAGCACUAUUCGAAAGUGUACUGAACUACAACAUAGAGCGCCAUAACUUGAAUCUACGAGAGAAAUAUGCAUUCAAGCCUUCGGAUCAGAGUGAAAUUUCCAACAGUCCAUCCGCGAAAUCCCUGAAGCGAACUCUCUCCUCACAGCUGCGAGCAACGCCACUGCAACGGCUGAAGCAAAAUGCCCUUUCACGGUCAAAGUCCAUGACCUGUCUUCAGCCACCAAAGCCCACUGAUGAUAAACCCGACGACGCAGCUGAAUCGCCCAAAAUGACUACCACGCAGGCAGCAGACAGUCUUCCUGCAUUGAAGAACACCAUCUCCCAGGGUGGAAGUGAGGAUAUGAUCAUACCAAACAGCGACAAUUCAGUCGAGGAAGAUGACGACAGCCAGGGCGCCGCCUACUCCUUCGACUUCUCCCAAUAUGCAUUUAAAAAGGCGUAA